UACAUGUAGUAGGCUAUGUGGGCUUGUGUUACUAUUGUACAACAUUUUAUUUACCAUCUUCCUUAACUACCUAAAGUUCACAUACUCUGUUUUUUUUUCUUCUUCUCUCAAUUUCUUCCCCUACCUAUACCUAUAUGUGUAAACUAGGUAGGUAGGUACAUGAUCUGCCCAACCCCUAGCAUUAACCUAGCAUUACUAUUACUCGAAUUCGCCUAUCUUCGCACGAAGCAGGCGCUGUACUUGUGCAUACUUAGCGUCUACAGGCUUUUUACCUACCUGGGUCGUGAUUCCGAUCGCCGAAUCGUCCAAAAGUCUAGCGCAUCUCAUCACAUCGGCCCCGCGGCCAUCUUUCUUGUGCAAUCCUUCGGAGAAAGAGAACUUACGCUGCGCAAAAAUUCGAACCAUUCAAUUGGUUCAAUUGACCUCUUCAUCUCUUUGUACCGGGACGACUUAGCAUCCAUUCAGCUGCUAGAAAACAGCGAAGUUGGAUUCCUGUUUUUAAGGUUGUUCGUUUUAUUACUAGCUACCCGUACCUUGAAACCUUCCGCCGUCGUCAGCCUCCUUCGAACACCCUAGCGGAGGCGCGUUACAAAUCAUCCAGCUCCAAGACUAUUCCCUCUUGGCCACUCCUUAGCCUACCUACGUGCCAACCUAAGCAUCGCUAUCUAGCAACUACUCUAUACCUAUUACGAGGAUACUCGGU